AUGGGUGUUUUCGAUAUCGUUCCCGCCGGCGUCCUUACCGGAGACAACGUCCGCAAGCUCUUCGAGUAUGCGAAGGAGCACAAGUUCGCCAUUCCCGCCAUCAACGUCACCUCCUCAUCCGUAGCCAACUCUGUUCUCGAGGCCGCCCGUGACAUCAAGGCCCCCAUCAUCAUCCAGGUCUCCCAAGGCGGCGCUGCCUUCUUCGCCGGCAAGGGUCUCCCCAACGACAAGCAGCAGGCUUCCAUCGCCGGUGCCGUCGCCGCUGCCCACCAUGUCCGCACUGUAGCGAAGGAGUACGGCGUCCCCGUCGUCCUCCACUCGGACCACUGCGCGAAGAAGCUCCUCCCCUGGUUCGACGGCAUGCUCAAGGCCGACGAGGAGUACUUCAAGGCCCACCAGGAGCCCCUCUUCUCCUCCCACAUGCUCGACCUCUCCGAGGAGCCCAAGGAGGAGAACAUCGCCACCUGCAUCGGCAUCACCGGCGGCGAGGAGGACGGCGUCGACAACACCGGGGUCGACAACUCCCUCCUCUACACCCAGCCCGAGGACAUCUUCGACGUCUACACCGCCCUCUCCGCCGUCGGCCCCAACUUCAGCAUCGCCGCCGCCUUCGGCAACGUCCACGGCGUCUACAAGCCCGGCAACGUCCGCCUCCAUCCCGAGCUCCUCCAGAAGCACCAGCUCUACGCCGAGAGCAAGAUCGGCGGCAGCGCCAAGAAGCCCCUCUUCCUCGUCUUCCACGGCGGCUCCGGCUCCACCAAGGACGAGAUCAAGACCGCCGUCGACAACGGCGUCGUCAAGAUGAACGUCGACACCGACACCCAGUGGGCGUACCUCACCGGUAUCCGGGACUUUGUGCAGAGCAAGUCGGGCUACCUCCAGACCCAGGUCGGGAACCCCGACGGAGCGGACAAGCCCAACAAGAAGUACUACGACCCGCGGGUGUGGGUGCGUGAGGGCGAGAAGACGCUCGUCGUGCGUGUCAAGGAGGCGUGCGCGGACCUGGGCAACACCAACCAGCUGUGA